AUGGCCACCGGCCUACUCGUCAUGCUUGCGACCUCGUUCCUGAUCCCUGUCGCUGCUGACCAGGAGUGUGAUUGGACUGGGCCUCGCGUGGAUUGUGGCUAUGUGGGCAUUACUGAGGGGGAAUGCAGGAACAAGGGCUGCUGCUGGAAUCCUGCCGACUUCCAGGAUUUCCCUUAUGUGGAUGUGCCCUGGUGCUUCACCCAAAACGCCCACCCAGCGGAAUAUGAGGCUGCCAAGAUCCAGGAGGACAAUGGCGGCGGCUCCUACGCUGAGCUGGCGCUCGUCAAGUCGGUGCAGCCAGAGCUGGGCCCAGACGUUACCAAACUCUCCGCCAGCGUCCGGCGCGUCGGCUGCGACACACUACGCCUGACCCUCCGCGACGCUGACGAGGCGCGCUGGGAGGUUCCCACCCACCUCUUCAAGUCUGACAUCCUCGCAGGGUCCGGCCCCAGCAUGAAUGGAGCCUGCGGAGGGUCAGCCACUACCCUGGAAUACAACCUCCUGCCGCACCCCUUCUCCCUGACCGUCACCCGAUCCGGGGACGGCGCCUCCCUGUUCAACUCCACGGGCCAGCGCCUGGUGUUCAAGGACCAGUACCUGGAGCUCUCCACCGUCCUGUCGCCCGGCGCCACGCUGUUUGGCGCGGGGGAGCGGGUGUCGCGCUCCCUGCACCUCGCCCGGAACGGGGCCCCGCGACCGCUGUGGAACCGCGACAUCGGGCCCGCGCUGGAGGAGCAGAACAGCUACGGCAGCCACCCCUGGGUCCUGGGCCUGGAGCCAGGCACGGCGCGAGGGGGGUUUGUAUUUGGAGGGCCCACGCCCCUGGCCGUGAUGGAGCAGUUCACGGCGGUCAUCGGCCGGCCGGCCCUGGUGCCCUACUGGACGCUGGGCUGGCACCAGUGCAAGUAUGGCUACGCGUCGGUGUGGGAGGUAAGGGAGGUCGUGGCCAACUACUCAGCCGCAGGACUGCCCCUGGAGGCGCAGUGGAUCGACAUCGACCAGAUGGACCACUGGAUGGAUUUCACCUUUGACCCGGUGGACUUCCCCGUGGAGGAGAUGCAGGCCCUGGUGGAGGAUCUGCACGCCAAUGGUCAGAAGUUUGUGCCAAUUCUGGAUCCUGGCAUCAAGGUCGAGCCAGGGUACCAUGCCUACGAUGAGGCCCUGAAGCGAGACCUGUUUGUGAGAAAUGUAGAGGGCGACCCCUACCUGGGCUGGGUGUGGCCUGGCCCUUGCCACUUCCUGGAUUACCUCCUCCCCAGGACUGCAGCGUACUGGGAGGAGGAGCUGGCAGCACACCACAACAUUCUCCCCUGGGAUGGGAUCUGGAUCGACAUGAACGAGAUCUCCAACUUCUGCACUGGCGACCUCUGCCGCUUGAAGCCUGAGACUGAGAGCGAGGUCAUGUCGGUGCUCAACAGCCACCACGACGGCAGCAGCGAGUACAACGCCCACCAGCUCUACAGCCUGGCGCAGACGCGCGUCACCGCGGCGGCGGUGGAGUCCUCCUACCUGGGGGUGGGGGCUUACGCCGCACACUGGACAGGCGACAACGUCGCCACCUGGGACCAGCUGGCAAAGUCCAUCGCCGGUGUCCUCAACAUCGGCCUGGUUGGCAUCGCCAUGGGGGGCGCCGACAUCUGCGGCUUCCAGGGGAACACCACCAGCGAGCUCUGUGCCCGUUGGGUAUCGCUGGGCGCCUUCUACCCCUUUGCGAGGAGCCACUCAGACCUGCACUCCACCCGCCAGGAGCUGUAUCUGUGGCCCGAGGUGGCGGAGGCGGGGCGCCAGGCGCUGAGUCAGCGGUACCGCCUGCUGCCGUACCUGUACAGCACGAUGCGCGCCGCGCACGACACCGGCGCGCCGGCGAUGCGCCCACUGUGGAUGACCUUCCCCGAGGACGUGGCCGGCCACCGCAACGACCGCCAGUUCAUGUUUGGGGACGCGCUGCUCGUGACCCCGGUGCUGACCCAGGGCGCGCGCAGCGUGGAGGGCCACUUCCCACCCGGCACCUGGUACAGCCUGUGGAACGCCAGCGACGUCGUGCAUGCGAGGGCGAACGGCACCGACGUGACCCUGGACGCCCCGCUGGAGCGCAUUCCCUACCACGUGCGCGGGGGGCGCAUCAUCGGCACGGCGGAGCCCCGCCGCACCACCCGCGACACCAAGGCCGGGGCCCUCACCCUCCUCGUCGCGCUCCCUGGGGAGGGCUCUGGCGCUGAGCGGAGCGCUCACGGCGUGGUGUACAACGACGACGGAGAGAGCGCCCGCGCCUCGCCAUGCAGCUUCCUCCACGCCAACGUCACCGUGCGUCGGGAUGGCCAAGGAUCGCUGUCCGGUACUCUGAAGAUAGCUUUUGGAUCGUCUUGGGCCUGGCCGGGCGGUGCCCGGUACCCCGACGACGCCCUCGGCGGGGCCGAGUCUGUGGCCGCGGAUGGCGACCCUCCCAUCCCAUGGCCGUCCCUGGCUGGACUCAGGAUCCUGGGCUGGGAGGGAGGAGCUCCCGAAGCGUGGCAUGUACCUGCCAUUCGCUUCAUCGACCUCCAUAUCUACCUCUUUGUUCGCAGUAUUGAUUCGGAGGGGUCUAUGGACUCCUGCCAAGACCUGUUCGCCUCGAAACGCCUUCGCCGGUCCGGCGGCAUCCUCACCCAGACCGACCACGAUGGCUUCGAGCAGGACGAGGGUUCCCCGAGGGUCUUCUCUGCCACCUCCUCCCAAUCCUCGCUUGGCGCCUACAUGGGCUGUGAGAGCACAGGGGAUGCCAGCGGAUCGACCCCCUACUCGGAGCAGUAUGACGAGGACAGGGCGGGGCCGCAGCUCCUGGCUCUGGUGCGACGGGGUGAGUACUCACCUUCAGAGGUGACCCCCGAGCUGCUCAUGACGAUGCUCUGGAUCAUGGACUCAUGGCACUCACAGUACAAGUCGCGCGCCGACGUCUGCCUGCAAAUCUACCUGGCCCUGCAUCCCGCACCACAGCCCAUGUUCCACUACUUCAAGGCCCACAUGCUGGCCAUGCAGCCUGGGAUUCUGCAAAGCUGCGGCUGGAAUGCACGGGUGGACAGCGAGCUGCCUGCCUGCGACGAUUUGCUGGCACAGCACCCGGUGCAUGCCGCCAUCCUUAACUUUGUACAGGAUGAGGUUGUCAGGCGCUGCAGCGGCAUGUGCGUUGCGCAAAACCACGAUCAGAUACAGCAGGCGCGGUUUGUUGCCGCCCUGCCCAUGGCCUUUGACAAGGUUGUUUCUGUGUUUUGA